AAUGUAAAUAACAAAACUAAAUUCAUGUACAAAAUUAGAAGUUCCAUAUGUUACCGUAUUAAAAUUUAAGAUUUAAACAUAUGUAAUGCAAUAUAACUGUUUUCUUAAAAAUGGAAAAGAAUACUGGAUUUAACUCAUCAAACAGACCUCGAAAUAAUCAACGCCUUAUACCUUUAACAACCACAAUUAUAGAAGCAAUGGCCACAUUUAACGAUCCUCCUUCGGAAAUUGCACUGAACGAAAGCCGUUUACCUAUCAGAUGGUCUACCUAUAUGCAAGCUAUCAUGAGAACUAAACAGAAUUAUGUUUCAAAGUCGACUCUUAAUUCCACAUUAAAAAGCAAUUCGCAAAAAAAAUACGAAUCCAAGAUAACUAACAAAAAAUUGGCUGUUCUAAAGGACCGCGAAACUCGUUGUUAGCCCUGGUAUUAGUUGUUCAUCAGUAAAGAAGAUUUGAUGGGGUUUCGUUUGAGAAAGGAUGAAAAAUAUAUUAUAUUGUGAUAUGCUGUCUUUUAUUUUCUGGUAUAUAUUAGAUUUAUGGCAUUAAAGCUAUAUUUAUGUAUCUCUAUACAAAGAAAUAGAGUACAUACAAAGAAAACCGCACUUCAAUCUCUGUCAAUAAAAUAGUUUUGUAAAUGAAGAGAA